AUGUACAGAAUAGAUGUUUCAGAUUUUUAUGACUUCCAAGCAUUCAGAAAUAUGUGUCCAUUUAGAGACUAUAACAAAGCAGUCGAGAAUUUGAAACGUUUAGUCAUUUAUGUCGACUCUGCCCCAGAAUGUUAUGUCAUGAAAGAAUGGGAUGUUGUCUUUAACAAACCUAAAGCGACAAUAGUUUCAGAACAAGAAUGUAGACAGAAACUUAAGAAAAUAAAAGUCGUACAAGUUGGAAUGAAGAUGUUAGAUGCUUGGGAUAUCUUAUUGUCAAAGUUAGAAGAUUUUUCAGUUCGUGGUAUAAAGUUCUAUACACCUUCUCCAAACUUCUAUUCUAUCUUCACUGGAUAUAAAUACGAACAAGUAGAAUGGAAAGAAAAUGUUAUAGAAGCUUGGUUAGACCAUGUCAAAGAAAUUAUAUGCAAUGGAAACGAAAGAGUCUAUGAGUAUAUCUUAUGUUGGUUUGCAAACAUCUUACAACAUCCAAGUGCUAAAAAUGAAACUGCUCUCAUUAUAAUUGGAAAACAAGGAACUGGUAAGAACACUUUCUUUACAGAUAUCUUAUGCAAACUGUUAGAGGGCUAUUCGAACCCUAAUAUGACAAACUUAGAAAACAUCUGCGGUAA